AUGGCAGUGAGCUUCAAGUCACAGCCAGCAGCCAUGUCCAUGUACGAUGCAUCGGCGGACAACAUCGCACGGCUGGUGCUGGAGAUAGUUUACUUGGUGGGGCUGCUCUGGAAUGUGUGUGGCGAGCUGCAGGAGAUGGCCGACCGCGCUUCCACGGAUGGCUAUAUAUUCAGCUAUUUUGGCCAAGCGUGGAACUGGAUUGACAUGCUCUCCCUCUCGCUGCAAGUCGCUGCGGUUGUUAUCUGGGUGGUGCUGUGGCGGUACGUGAGUGCAUUUGACAUGCAGCCACGGUACGACAUCUACUACACGCUGCUCGAGAUGCCACGGUACUGGGCCGUGCCCAACCCGCCCACAGGUUUCAUCAGCGCCACUCAGGCCUUCGCUGAUCUGCGCAACAUCAUCAACCUCCGCGCCGUCUACUUCGCCCUCCAGGGCAUCAAGUGA